AUUUUUUUUGGCGCGUGCAAAAGCUGCAGCAGACUAGGGAGCGAAGCCCGGUGAAGGGAUGUUACGGAUGGUCUUACGCAGAGUGCAUUAUACUCCACGCAGCCCCUCGUGUGUCUGCUGUAAUUGGAUCCCUGUAGGGUAGUCCCACGGCCGCUACCCCCCGCAUCUCCUCCUCUGUCCAGCCCCUAACCCCCCGCUUCGCUGUGGUCUGCCGUCGCACACUGACACCAGGAUUACUUCCAGCGACAGCGUCCUACAAUGCAGGCAUCAAUCCGGGAUUUAUAGAGACACCGGGAUUCGUCAUCGGGGCGUCUUUCCUUAUUCUACUCCGUAUGAAAACAGGUCAGUGAAGAGAGAGAAUCACCCACCUCACCCCAGGACACCGCCCCACGCCAACCACUCACGCCAAGAUGAACUGUGAGGAUUUUGGGGAGGGGGGCAUGAGCGUGACCCUGACCCUCAGAUUGCUCAUGCAUGGAAAGGAAGUGGGCAGCAUCAUCGGGAAGAAAGGAGAGACCGUGAAGAGAAUUCGAGAGGAGAGCGGUGCGCGGGUCAACAUCUCUGAAGGCUCCUGUCCAGAGAGAAUCAUCACCAUCACAGGAGCCACUGACUGCGUGUACCGAGCCUUCGACAUGAUCACCUACAAACUGGAGGAGGGCACGGGGGCGCAGAUUCAGGUGGCAGGGGACCUCCUGCCCAACUCCACCGAGCGGGCCGUGACCAUAUCGGGCACCCAGGACGCCAUCGUCCAGUGCGUCAAACUCAUCUGCGCCGUCAUCCUCGAGUCCCCCCCGAAAGGCGCUACGAUUCCGUACCGCCCCAACCCCUCCCCUGGAGCAGUCCUCCUCCCUGGGAAUCAGGUGUAUGACACCUCUGAGUUUGGGUCACACCCGCUGUACUCAGUGACACAGGGAGGUCUGGAUCUGCAGCAGGCCUACACUAUACAGAACCAAUAUGGCAUUCCGCACUCAGAGCUAGCUAAGCUACAUCAGCUCUCUCUGCAGCAGGGUAUGGGAGCUGUGGGCCAAUCAACAGCUUCAGUUCUUCCUGGAAUGGAGCCACCAGGGUCCCAGACAACCUCACAGGAGCUCCUGAUCCCCAACGACCUGAUUGGCUCCAUCAUCGGUCGUCAGGGCACCAAGAUCAGCGAGAUCCGGCAGGUGUCCGGUGCGCAGAUCAAGAUCGGCAGCCAGCUGGACGGUGGCAGCGAUCGGCUGGUCUCCAUCACCGGCUCGCCCGUCAGCAUCGGCCUGGCUCAGUACCUCAUCACGUCCUGUUUAGAGACGGCGAAGUCCACUGCUCUGUCCUCCUCCAUAUCCACCCCCCUCGACCUCAACAUGACCUUCGCCCCGCCCCCCGCCGCGGCCACGCCCACCCCCGCCACGCUGGCGGUCAUGGGGGGCCUCCCGCACACGCACAUGCUGGGCACCCCCUACGCCCUGCCCCUCUCCAGCCUCCUGGGGGUCAAGUCCGUCCCCUUUCUGGCCCUCUCCCCCCCCACUGCCACGCCCACCGCCAUUGGCCCCGCCCACGCCGCCGCCCUCGCUUCCUACACCGCAAAAAUCUCCUCUGUCAACGGGAUCAAGAAGCCAGAGAGACAGAAGUUCGCUCCUUACUGACGUCGACCUCUGACCCUCCCCCCCACCUCCCCCCCGACCAGGCACCCAUUUCCCACAGCCGUCCUUGGACAGGAGUGAGGGAGGGGUGGGACUCCCCCCCCCCCCCCCCCCGCCUGCGGUAUACUCAGUCAAAGGAAAAGACAAUGAAAGAGACUCUUUCUCUUCUUUCUUAGUUUGGGGGGGUCUCAACCAUCAAACACUGAAAGGGACUCAGGUGUGGGUGGCACAUGCCCUGAUAUAGGCAAGACUGUGCCCCCCCCCCCCACCCCCCCCCACCCCAAACAACCCCCAGGACAACCCCACCCUCCCUCCCAACCACCCAACCACUAACACGCCCAAUCCCCCCCCCCCCUGCCCCCCUGCCACCCAACCACUACCCCAAACGCACCCCCUCCCUGGUGAAGGGUUCGCUCUGUCGCUGAGACUGUUAAUGCUGCACUGCUGAAUGAGUCUAACCUGGAUGUGUGCACUUUUAUACAACAAUAUCUCUCUACGCUCCUUCCUCAACUUUUUACAAAAUAUUAAAUGUAACAAAAAAACAAAAUGUCUAAAAAAAUGUAAACUUCUCGAUACUCUUCCUUUUUAAUGUGGUUUUAUUUCCUUUAUUUAAAAAUGUGAAGUCUAAUUUAUUGUAUUUUUUUUUGAUUUUGAUUUGUUUUUGGGUUUUUUAUGAUUAUUGUUUGUUUUCAGAAUCUGCUGAAGGUGCAAACACAACUAUCAUGUUCUCCAUGUAUUCCCGUGUUAUGAUCCAACAGCUAAAUGAACAUUCAUGCUUCAGACUGAGACUAGAUUAUGAUUAAGGUUUUUAAAAUCCGUUUUUGUGAAAUAUAAAGGUGUGACUGCAGGUGAACCCAAAUCGCAGAACAAAGUGGCUUCCGCUGGUGCAGGAGAGCGGAUAACACGCUGCAAUCACAGCUGCUGUGCAUGGGAAUACUGCCCCCUAGUGUUGGGCUGAACACCCAGCACACACAGACUGUUGCAUCUCCACAGAACUAUCGAGAGGGCGAGGUGAAAUUUGGGAACAUGCACAUGCUAACAUGCUAACGGACAGCGUUAGCAGCAGUCUGCUGCCACGAGCUUCUGUUCUGGUCUGUGUGUACAUAGGAACACGUCGGCUUUUUAAUUUUUAUUUUUUGUUUGUUUUAUUCUGUUAAAUAUAAAAGUUUUUCUCUGUUUUCUGGAUUUGGCCAGGUAUGCAGAUAUCAGCGUUCUGUAAACAGUUUAUUUUUUAAGGCAGCUUUGUACUCAGUUCAUGGCAUGAAUAUGAUUUGACACGAGGUCUAUGCAAACUGUGUGUGUAGCUCAGUGAAGCAGUUUGGGUUCUGAAUGGGCGGCAGCAGCAGUACUGAUCAGAAAGGGCUAGCCCAGCAUCACAGGCAGGUUACAGACACAAGCCCUCUCAGUGCUGCCCCCUGGUGUGUGGACUGAAACACACACCACACAAUCCAGCAUUAAUCACACAGUUCUCAUGUGCACACUCGCACUCGCACGCACUCCACACACACCCGCACUCUCUCCCUCCCACACACACACACUCGCACGCACUCCACACACACACCCGUACUCCCUCCCUCCCACACACACGCACUCGCACGCACUCCACACACACACCCGCACUCCCUCCCUCCCACACAUACACUCGCACGCACUCCACACACACACACGCGCGCAUGCUCGCACACACACACUCCCUCCCACACACACACACGCAUGUACGCACACACACACACGCAUGUACGCACACACACGCACGCAUGCACGCACUCCCACACAGUCAGGCGUGUGCACACACAACCACACAAACGCACACACUCCACGCACACACUUGCACUCCCACGCACAUACACUCAUACAUGUAUACACCCCACAUGAUAACACAAACAACUUGCUACCAUUAAUGUUUGCAUUAAAAAAAAAAAACGUUUUCCACCAAGGCCAAAAUUAUUUUGGAAUUUAGUGACUAGUAUUUUAAAUAGAAUCAUAACUUUGUUUGAGUUUUUCAUAGUUUUUGUCAUAGUUCUACCUGAAAAACUUUAUUUUUUUUUAAAUAUGUUUUUGUUCAGUUUGAUCAAUGUCAGUCAAAUAAAUAACUCCAAUACUA